AUGCCGAUACCCGGCUACACGGGACACCUUCAAGCACACAAAGUGGAGAAUGUCUUUGGGGCGACCUUCGGCGAGGCGAUGGUGGUCGCACAGGCUGCCCGUAGCCGUCGUGGCGCUGAUGAGGACUACACUGCCCAUUCAGCAUCUCGAAUGCAUACCUUCGACGGCGGCUCUCUCAACACCACCAAGGGCCACAAGCUUGGGAAGGACGAGCCGUACGCAAAGACUGCCUCGGUGCACCACAAUCCGCGGGGGCAUGACAUUCGGGCAGGGGCAGCGGUUCCCGGCUACGGCGGCUUCAUCCCCUCAAAGGUAGCGGGAAACUGCUUCGGCAAGCGCAUGGCAUUGGACAACCUGCACGCCACCGAGAUGCGACGGGCAAACGAUGAGGGCGCCGAAUGGCGGACCAAUUGGAUCACUGCCUGCGAGACAAAUCGCAAAAGGUUGGCCCACGGAGCUUUCGCAGUGAACGAUCACUUCCAGUUCACUCGCGACGAUCCAAAGCGAAAC